AUGGAACGAAGGGAUGAUUUGCAACACGUGUUGAUGCCGAACCAACAAGAGGAAAACCUUCCAGAAAGUGACGACUGGAGGAUGGAAGAACGGCCAGCGAUGGAAGUUGUCGUUGGCCAAGUUUUUUUUUUUGGAUUUUUUUUUUCUAUUUGGAAUGUUUCCAGGGAAGCGUGGAAGGGGAAUUCGUGGAAGUGGACGAUAUCGGUCAAGUUGAUCAUGUGAUAGAGUUAGGACAACAUCAUGAAUAUGAAGGUUAUUUUCCUUUCUCUUAUCAUUUCGUUUUUUAUAGUAUCGUGAAUCUUUAGAUGUCUUAUUAUUACCAAAUUUGAGCUCCAUAAACGCCGGUGAAGUGCGUUAAGGAUGUUUUAAUGAAAAAAAAGAGGAUUUUGAAUAAUUUUCUAAUGCAAAAAUGAGUUGAUAAUAUUAUUUUUUAUCACUGUAAUAAAAAAUUUUCAAACAAUGUCAUGGGCUUUUCCUAACUCGUAAAGAACUCGUGAGAAUUAUAUUUCAUUUAGUAGCUAUCUCAUUUGUAGAUGGCUUCCCAUCGUUGUUGCCGAUUCGCGACGGCGCGCCUCUGUUGACUUUGAAUUUGCCCGAUCUCAUCAGUAAAUCGAUUCCGUUUGCCAACGGGGAAAAGAUGAUAAUUUGCUUCAACAAAAAGUGCUCGCGUCAGAUUGCAUUUGCCGGUUAUCUCUAUUCAAUCAGCGGAUACGUAAGCUCCUAUUCCAAGCCUCUAUUCCUCGGAUUAUUUUGUUCAGCUUGAAGAAAACUCGUGGAACCUGUGGAAAUGCGUCAACGAGAAUUGCGACGGAUCCGUCAGGACCUCUCCCAAUUGCCUCGAGCUCCGGGUCAGGACGGAGCACAUCAGCAGCUGUGUUCCCGACGACGCUCAAGUGAUACAACGUUCCAUUCUUUAUCUAUGCAAUGAGAUUUUCAGAUACGCCUGAGAAUCGCCAUUUACGACCUGAGGUUGAUGGCUGAGUUCACGGACCUGAGUCUUCAGCUGCUUUUCGCCGGAAACGGUUGGUUUACUUUUCUUCUUUUUGAUUUUUCUUUUCACUGCAGAAAGUCGUAUGAAGGCUGAUAACGGUGAUAUUGCACAUUUGAUGCCUUCUUUCGAGACUUUGAGGACGACUCUUGAAGAUCAUCGAGUGAAUAAGGUCCGCCUUUUCCUUUGUUCUUUACGUUUUUUCUUGUUUUUUUUUGUGUUUCUCUAUAAUAUAGUUCUUAAAAAGUAAAUGUUCGAACAAACGUUCAACCAAACUUCUUCUGAAAAAUUUGAUGAAAUCGACCAAUUUGUUAAGGUUCACACGAACCGUUUGUUUAAAAUUUCAUUUCAGUUCGUUUUCAUAACUGAGCAUUUGAAAAAAACGUAAAAAAAUUUUUUUCGAAAAAAAUUUUUGGUUAAAAAAAUGAAAAAUUUUAAUUUUUACUUUGAAAUUUUUUUGGUUAGAAAAAGUAAAAAAAUUCACAUUUCAUUUGGAAAAAUUUUGGUCAUUAAGGCGAACAUUUACUUACUAGUCAGACUAUGA